AUGGAACUUGUGAAAUGGAUCUGUAUACCAGCAAUAAACAUAUGGAGGUUGGUCCUGUCAUUGUUGAAGUCACCAAGAGGCCGCAUGCAGACGAGGAAGAGGACAGGGCUAUGGAUGAAUCUUGGAAGUUUCCAUGCUGACUGCGAGGUGGAAAGAGAUGUCGUUAGUGAUUUUAUUGGCAUGAGUGAAAUUGAGUGCAGACGUUGGGAUGUUUGGAUCAUGUCCAAAGCUGAAGAGAUAUUUGUCUUACAGGAGCAGUUCCUGCAGGAACGCAUCAAAGUGAAUGGUAAAGCUGGAAACCUAGGCAAUGUGGUAACCAUUGAGAGGAACAAGAGUAAGAUCACUGUUACCUCUGAGGUUCCAUUUUCUAAGAGGUACUUGAAAUACCUCACCAAGAAGUACCUCAAGAAAAAUAACCUGCGUGACUGGCUUCGCGUGGUUGCAAAUAGCAAAGAGAGCUACGAGCUCCGGUACUUCCAGAUCAAUCAGGAUGAAGAGGAGGAGGAGGAUGAAGACUAACCAUAUGGCUAGUCUGAACUUUUGUACAAAUUAUCUUCAAUAAAAUUGACAAAAAAGAAAGACA